GUCAACGCUCGCGCACGAGUGGUGCUGUAGCGUCCGCUCGUGCUCCCUCACGCGCAGUCAACGCGUGCUUCGGGAAAUAUAAACAUUUAUGAUAAUUCAUUAAUAGAUAAUUUUAUAACUAUUCAUGUCGGUCGUUUGUAAGCGGAUUUGUGCUGUUGUUUGCGUUAGUAAACCGCGCGCAUAUCAGUGUUUAAUACGGCUUUGAGAUUCGCCGCGGCCUGACGAUUAAUCGCCUUUGACAUAUAUGUCAUUAUUAAAGUUGAGUUAGUUAUCAUUAAUUAAGUGUGUGACCUUAUGUAAGCAUGACAGAUGAAGAAGCGGUUGUGAUGCAGCAGAUCGUGGACAGGAGUUGUUGGGUGUGUUUUGCUACAGAUGAGGAUGACCGCACGGCAGAGUGGGUGCGUCCGUGCCGUUGCCGGGGUUCUACUAAGUGGGUUCAUCAGUCAUGUCUGCAGCGUUGGGUGGACGAGAAACAGAGAGGCAACAGCACGGCACGCGUCGCCUGUCCGCAGUGCAAUGCAGAGUAUCUCAUCGUGUUCCCCAAACUCGGGCCAGUUGUGUAUGUGUUGGAUCUGGCAGACAGACUGAUCUCAAAGGCCUGCCCGUUUGCUGCUGCUGGUAUCAUGGUGGGAUCCAUUUACUGGACGGCUGUCACAUACGGGGCUGUUACAGUCAUGCAGGUUGUGGGUCAUAAGGAAGGUCUGGAUGUAAUGGAACGGGCGGAUCCUCUCUUCCUGUUGAUCGGCCUGCCCACCAUCUCAGUUAUGCUAAUUUUGGGGAAGAUGAUUCGUUGGGAAGAUUACGUGCUCCGCCUGUGGAGGAAAUACUCUAAUAAGCUUCAGAUCCUCAACAGUAUCUUCCCAGGUAUUGGCUGUCCAGUGCCGAGGAUCCCGGCGGAGGCCAGUCCACUGGCCGAUCACGUAUCGGCCACACGGAUCCUAUGCGGUGCCCUCGUUUUCCCCACCAUCGCCACCAUCGUCGGUAAACUGAUGUUCAGCAGUGUCAACUCAAAUCUUCAGAGGACUAUUCUGGGUGGCAUUGCGUUUGUGGCUAUUAAAGGGGCAUUCAAGGUUUAUUUCAAGCAGCAGCAGUAUCUCCGACAAGCUCAUCGCAAGAUCCUAAAUUUCCCAGAGCUGGAAGAGGCCUGAGCUCAUCAUCACACCCUCUGUCAUUCAGUUUUAAAAGCCACUACUGCAUCACAUUCAGACAUUUUCACAGACGCUGGUUUUGGUUUUCUCUUCCGAGAAUAUGAUGAUUGCGUUUCGAGUGUUAAUUGAGAUUCAGCUAUGUUUUUUAUUUUUUAUUUAAUCAGACCUGGGAAGUGGUGCGCUAAUCAUUUUAUGGGCUUUGACUUUUUUUUUUUUUUUUUUGAGAAAGAGACAAAAAUUAUUAAAAGGUUUUAUAUGAUUUAGUGGCCGUUUUUAUAAUUGAUUCAAAAUGUCUCAACUGAAUCACUAUUAUUAAUAAUUUGUGAUAUGACUUUGAUUUAAAGUAUGUGGAAAUAAAAGUGAAAAUGGAGAUUUAUAGUAAAAAAGGACUUAAAAUAUUGAUCUGUUUCUCUCCUGCAAUCAUCAUAUUGCUUCUAAAAACACAUGGAUUUAAACACUGGAGUCUGUGGAGUAUGGAUUAUUUUAUGCUGCCUUUUGUGAUUUUGUUUGAGCAUCAAAGUUCUGGCCAUCAUUCACUUGUACUGUAUGGACCAACAGAGCUGAGAUGUUCUUCUAAAAAUCUUAAUUUGUUUUCAGCAGAACAAACUCAUACACAUGUGGGAUCACAUGAGGGUGAGUAAAUGAGCCAAUUUUCGUUUUUGGGUGAACCGUUCUUUCAAUGAUGACGUUCUGUUUUACUCGUGUUAAUAUUGUCCCCUCAUUAAUAAUUCGACUAUUGAAUGCAUUAUACUCUCAUUUUAAAGGCAAACAUAAAUAAAGAAGGUAUUUGCUUGUAAGAUGCUUAUAAAAUAGCCUUUCUGUGGUUUUCUUGAUAAUUUUUCACCCCAAAAUGUGAAGGAAAAAAGUAUUGUAUCAGCAUAAGUUAUUCCCAGCACUUAUAACAAUGAUGUACACUUCUAAUUAUACUUUACAGACAAACUUAAUGUGUUAUAUAUAUAUGUAUAUAUAUAUAUAUAUAUAUAUAUAUAUAUAUAUAUAUAUAUGUAUAUAUAUACACACAAAAAAUUCUUAAAAAGCUGUAUUGUCAAUAUUUCCUUUUGAUUUUGGGGUGAAAUAUGAGCUGAACGUUUCUUGAACAGUUUUUGAAUAUUAAUCUUUUCUCUUGCCUUUACAUUCAAGCAAGCGCCCAACUAUGUUUUGUUUACAUCCAUCUUUGUAGUGUUAAUGACUGACUUACAUUUUUAUCAUUGAGAAACUAUUUGGUUUAGACAGUUAGUAUGCCAAUGUAUUGUGUUCUGUGAUCUGUUUUUAUUGCUUUUCUCAAUUGGGGCCCCUUUAGACCACUUUAAAAUUAAAACAUUUUGGCAUGUGAUGCCUCAAAACGGUUUAUAGCCCUGUUUUAUAAUAUAUAUUCCCAUAAAUAAAUGGUCUCAUGUGGAGCGAACUAUUCGAGUAUUAGUGCCCUAUUUAGUUACACCAGGACAAUAUAUAUAUAUAUAUAUAUAUAUAUAUAUGUCUUAAAGGCCGUGUAGUCCAGAUGGACAAUUGUAUUUGCCAAAUGUUUGUAUCUAUUUUUGUUUUUCUGAAUCUUUCUUUUUGAUGACUUCAGAUUUAUCUAGCAGAGCGUAUUUCACCUGUUACUGUGAUGUAUCUGACAUAUGUACAUGAGAGAAAACAUUGUAUAAAAACGUACUAGGACCAUUUGUUUAAAGGCAUAUAUAGCAGCAGUACACUACAGUUUAAGUUUGUGAUCCAAUGUGUGGGCUGGAUUGCUGUAUUUGAAAAACCUUGUGCAAUUAACUCACAGGCUUAUAAUCCGAAUUAUAUAUCGGAGUACAAUUAUUUGUCCAUAGUUUAAGCACAUCAUUAAAAGCUUGUUGUUAGGUACAACAUGGACAUGCUUACAGGAGACUGAGUUGCUGGAAAAAAGGUUUUUUUUUUCCACAUUAACUGUAUAACUGGUAUUGGCAGCAGACAAGUGUUCUUUGUUGCUUAAAUGUCAUUUUAAUUAAGUUUUUUCACCAUGCAAUGUUUAUAGUUCAAAAUGAUCUCCAUAAGGUCCUUUUGAGUUGUUCAAAUGAAGCAUAAUGCCAAAUACAGAAAGUGUUUGUAUAAAUCAUCAUCUUGUACAGAUACAGCUUCUGAAUUUAUUGUUUCCUGGUUGAUUUAUGUAAAUAUAUUUAUUUUUCCAAUGCUUGAC